UUUUUUAUUUUUUAUUAUUUUUAUAUAUAUAUAUAUAUGUAUAUGUAUAUAUAUUAUAUAUUAUUAUAUGAUGACCAAACCACCUAUUGAAUUCUUAUUACAUCCUCCAUCACCAAAACGACAACAAUGUAUAUUACCACCUGUCAGUUCUUUAUUAUCAGAAGAACAACAUGACUUACCUUCGUUACGUUUACCUGAUAAACAAUAUCCUUCUCUAAUGUUAUCAAUACCUUAUGACCCACCUUCUAAUGUUUCUUCUCCAAAUGUCUCUCCUUAUAUAUCUUAUCAAUCUUUGGAUACACCUCAAUCUUCACCUAGUUCUUCACCUCACCCUUUUUUAUUACCUCCUCCCGAUACAACAUGUCGAUCUCGUUCUCAUUCUAAUGCAUCUACUUCUUCUUGGUCUUCUAUUGCUACUUCUUUAGCUGUCACUGCUCCUUCCUCUCCUAUUCAUAAUCCUGAAAGAAGAUUAUCUGAUCCAAGUACUUUAUUUCAACAAGAAGAUGAUAUUUCUUUAUCACCACAACAACAACCUUAUCCUUCUACUUCUACUUCUUCUACUUCUUCUACUUCUGGUGAUCCUGUGGUAAAACGAAAACGUGGUCGACCUCCAAAUACUACUCGUCAAAUUCAACGUGAUCAUUGGACUUUUGUCACACCAACUGUAUGGGAUGUCAAACGAACUCAAUUACCAGAACAUUUACAACAACAACAACAAGAAAAUCAUCAACCUUCUUCACCAUCUUCAUCUAUUCAAUCUUUAUCAUCGGAUGAAUCAUCAAAAAAUGGUGUUAUGCUUGUAUUAAUGCCUGACGAAAAUAAAAAUAAUAAUAAUAAUCAACAUAGUAGAAACAAUAUUCAUCAAAAUCUCAAUACAUUUACAAGUACAAGGAUGGAUGCUACUUUGACUAUGCCCAAAAAGAAACGUGGAAGAAAACCAAAAACUCAACUUGCUGGAAAUUCUUGUUUUGUUUGGAGAGAUUUAACAGCUAGACGUGGUGCAAAUCGUGUGAAAACAACAACAACAAAUACAGAUACUAUUGGAUCAUUAUCAUCAUCAUCUUCUUCUUCAACAUCAUCAUCAGCAACAUCUUCAUCAUCAUUAUCAUCGACUUCAUCUCUUUCAACAAAUAAACCUUUACGUAUUUCCAAGAAUUAUCAUCCUGCUCCUUUACAAAUUCAUCAACAAUAUUCAAAUCGAAAACGAUUCAAAGAUAAGAAUGAAGAUGAAGAUAUCAUUCACUGGACAAAAGAUUUGACAUUGAACGACCGCCCUACUUUAUCAAAUUAGGUAGAUUUCCCCUUUUAUGACAAAAAAACACACGUACACACUGUCUCUCUCUCUUUUUUUUUUUUCCCUUAUAUACAUAUUUUAUUUCCAUUUUAUACAUAGUACUCUUUCCCUCCCUCUUUUUUUUUUUCUUUUUAUUAUUUUAUGUAGUUGUAUGAUUUCCUUCUUUUACACUUUUUUUUUUACAUGGCCACUCUUUAGUAUUUAUACUUCUGUU